CGCGACGGCGACAUCUAUUUAAGGCGGCAUCCACCUCACCACCGCCUGCGUGCGUGGCCCUCCUCUCCUCCGCAUCGCCCCCCCAGAUCGCGACGAGCCCCACCGCCCACCUCGCCGCCGGCGGCCGCCAUGGCGUUCGGCGACCGCAUCACCACCUUCGAGGACUCCGAGAAGGAGAGCGAGUACGGCUACGUCCGCAAGGUUUCUGGACCUGUGGUCGUGGCUGAUGGAAUGGGAGGUGCUGCCAUGUAUGAGCUUGUCCGUGUUGGGCACGAUAACCUCAUCGGAGAAAUUAUCCGUCUCGAGGGUGAUUCAGCUACCAUUCAAGUUUACGAGGAAACUGCUGGACUGAUGGUUAAUGACCCUGUUUUGAGAACACGAAAGCCCCUAUCAGUUGAGUUGGGACCUGGUAUUCUAGGGAACAUUUUUGAUGGAAUUCAGCGUCCUCUAAAAACUAUUGCUAUUAAAUCUGGAGAUGUGUACAUCCCUCGUGGUGUCUCGGUACCUGCCCUUGACAAAGAUGUUCUUUGGGAGUUUAACCCAAAGAAUCUAGGUGUUGGAGAUGCUAUCACAGGCGGAGAUAUAUAUGCUGCUGUCCACGAGAAUACUUUGAUGGAACACCGUGUUGCUCUUCCACCUGGCUCUAUGGGGAAAAUAAGUUACAUCGCCCCAGCUGGUCAAUACAGCUUGCAGGAUACUGUGUUAGAGUUGGAAUUUCAGGGUAUCAAAAAGCAAUUUACCAUGCUUCAGACAUGGCCUGUUCGUUCACCAAGGCCUGUUGCAUCAAAGCUUGCUGCGGAUACACCUCUUCUUACAGGACAGCGUGUACUUGAUGCGUUGUUCCCCUCAGUUCUUGGAGGAACUUGUGCCAUUCCUGGAGCUUUUGGUUGUGGAAAAACUGUCAUUAGUCAAGCACUUUCCAAGUAUUCCAACUCCGAAGCUGUGGUUUAUGUUGGAUGUGGCGAAAGAGGAAAUGAGAUGGCUGAGGUUCUCAUGGACUUUCCCCAAUUGACAAUGACAUAUGAGGGACGUGAAGAGUCAGUGAUGAAGAGAACGACACUGGUGGCUAACACAUCGAACAUGCCUGUUGCUGCUCGUGAAGCUUCCAUUUAUACAGGAAUUACGAUAGCUGAAUAUUUCCGUGACAUGGGCUACAAUGUCAGUAUGAUGGCUGAUUCCACCUCACGAUGGGCUGAGGCAUUGCGUGAGAUUUCUGGGCGUUUGGCUGAAAUGCCUGCAGAUAGUGGAUACCCUGCUUAUUUGGCUGCAAGACUGGCAUCUUUCUAUGAACGUGCUGGUAAGGUAAGGUGUCUUGGAAGUCCAGAUCGGGAUGGAAGUGUUACAAUUGUGGGUGCUGUCUCUCCUCCUGGUGGUGAUUUUUCAGAUCCUGUUACCUCUGCGACCCUUAGUAUUGUUCAGGUUUUCUGGGGAUUAGAUAAAAAGCUUGCCCAGAGGAAGCAUUUCCCAUCAGUGAAUUGGCUCAUUUCUUAUUCGAAAUAUUCCAAGGCGCUUGAGUCAUUCUACGAGAAGUUUGAUCCGGAUUUCAUUGAUAUUAGAACAAAGGCACGUGAGGUGUUGCAGAGGGAGGAUGAUCUAAAUGAAAUUGUGCAGCUUGUUGGUAAAGAUGCACUGGCAGAAUCCGACAAGAUUACACUGGAGACAGCAAAACUUCUGAGAGAAGAUUAUUUGGCACAAAAUGCCUUUACCUCAUACGAUAAAUACUGCCCAUUCUACAAAUCUGUGUGGAUGAUGCGCAAUAUUAUUCAUUUCAACACACUGGCAAACCAGGCAGUGGAGCGGGCAGCUGGUGUUGAUGGACAGAAAAUAACAUACAGUGUCAUCAAGCAUCGCAUGGGUGAUCUAUUCUACCGCCUAGUGUCCCAAAAAUUCGAGGAUCCCGCAGAAGGCGAAGAGGUUUUGGUUGUGAAAUUCCAGAAACUGUACGACGAUCUCACCACUGGGUUCCGCAAUCUAGAAGACGAAGCACGGUGAAUUGUUGUAGAUUCUGUGUAAACAACAAGGAUAUCACCAAAAAUGUUCUAUAGAACACAUGGAAGCAUUCCGUUUGCCACUUCCGAGAUUGUAGGUCGAGAGUAUGUACGAGGUUUUUUCUUUUGUGCAACUAUAAGCGCCGUCGCUGUUGUCAUACCCAGCUCUUGUUUUGAUCCCAGGUGCUCGAUGGACACGCCAUUAUUUCUAUUAUAUGUAUCAUUUAUUUAUCAUCACAGCAUCAUUGUAAUAAACAUGGGCAUGUUUAUAGUCUCGAAUAAGUACGAUGUCCAGCUGUUGAAAGUUCUUUCUAAGAA